CCCUCUCCUAGGGUUCCGGGAGUAGGUGGGAUUCACUUCCGGCAGCAGGAAGCAGGGCCAUGGCUGCCCUCCUCCGAACUGUGCCACGAUUGCCAAGGACAGCUGCAUGGGGAAGGCCUCUCCAAGGGCUGUGGUGCUGCAGUGGGCAGGAUCCUAGGAGGUGGGUUGGGAGCAGGCCGCCCACCUCCAAGGAGAAACCAGCAGGCACAGAGACAGAGAAGUUUCAGAUGGUCUAUCGGUUUGAUGCCAUCAGGGCCUUCGGGUACUUGUCACGGCUCAAGGUGGCUCAGACAGCCCUGACAGUGGUGGCCCUGCCACCUGGCCUCUACUGGUACUCCCAGGGCCUCAUGACCUUCAGCUCCCUGUGUCUCGCGGGCGGCAUAGCUGGCUUCGCGCUGGCCAUGUUGUGCUGGAUGAGCCAUUUCUUCCGGAGGCUGGUGGGCAUCCUGUACGUGAAUGAGUCGGGCACCGUGCUGCGGGUGGCCCACCUAACCUUCUGGGGCCGGCGACAGGACACCUACUGCCCCGUGGCCGACGUCAUCCCCAUGACGGAAAGCAGAGAUCGGCCUCAGGAGCUGUUCAUGCGAAUCCAGCAGUACAGUGGGAAGCAGACCUUCUACCUCACCCUCCGCUACGGACGCAUCCUGGACAGAGAGCGUUUCACGCAGGUGUUUGGGAUGCCGGAUGGGCUCAAGUGAAGGGUCUCCCGCAGGAGGGCAGAGGGGGUGAGCGAGGCUGGGAAAGGGGAUCCGGCAGCUGGAGACUUUGCCAGCGUCCCUGGGAACUUAUCUUUUGGAAUGAGGAAAUUCACAGGAGAAAACCUAGUAGUGUGGUUACUAGCCCUGAGUGCACGUUCUUAACUGCACUUGUGUACGACAUUCAGAUGAUGGCCAGAAGUUUCUGUUAAGAGCCAGUUCUUGGAGGAAUCUAUGCCAAGUUCACUCAGACUGUACAAACACAGGUGUGGGAGGAGCCAAAAGGCUUGGGUCUGUCUGUUCUCAGAGCUCCGUCCUAGGACAGAUUAUUAAGUCUCUUGGAACCUUGGUUUUUACAUCUGUAAAAUGGAAAAAUCCUCCCUGUCCCCUGGGAUGGUGUGAAGAUAAACAAUAAAUGUCACUGUUAGUUUAGAGGUGAGGGUGCCCAGAAAGGCUUCCAGGCAAUCGGGAGGGAUUUCCUGAGCCCUGGGCUGCGCCCUCUGGUGGACCCAGCAGCACAGGGGACUGGGACGAAGCCUACAGGUGGGUCAUUUCCACCUGCCAGCAGGUCGUUGCACAGCCACUGGGACAGGGUUGUCGUCCAGGCAAGCUCACCACCCGGAGGUCUAGGGGCUCUCACGUAGGGAGGCCUUGCAGUGCGAUCAAGUCAGUGAACUCGGUGCUGGUGCGAUCCUUUACAAACCAAAGCCAGCUACAUACAGCGCCCCCUGUAGUUAGUAAUACAUGUUUAGUAAUAUAUUUAUCAUGCAAUUUAUAACAGUAAAGAGGAAGUCAUGAUCUUUAUGAUUCUCACUCAAAAGUCAAUAACUAAAUUUUGUUUUGUGACCUUCCAGUCUUUUUUCACUGUAGUAAAAUAUAAACAUAAAAAAUGUAUCCUUUUAACCAUUUUUAAGUGUACAAUUAAGUGGUAUUAAGUGUAUUUACAAUGUUGUGCAACCACCACCACUCUCCAUCUCCAGAACUUUUUCAUCAUCCCAGCCACUAACUCUGUGCCCAUUAAACAGUAACUCCCCAACCCCCCCUUUCUCCAGUCCUUGGCAGCCAGUCAUCUGCUUUCUGUCUCUAUGGAUUUGCUUAUUCUGGAUGUUUCAUAUAAAUGGAUUCAUAUACUAUAUGGCCUUUUACGUCUGGCUUCUUUGACUUGGCGUAAUUUGCAAGGUUGAUCCAUGUUAUGUCAGAACUUCAUUCCCUUUUUAUGGCAGAAUUAUAUAUGUGUAUGUUACACCUUGCUUAUCUAUUCAUCUGUUGAUGGACAUUUUGAUUGUUUCCACUUUUGGCUGUUGUGAAUAAUGCUGCUGUCAACACUGGUGUACAGAUGUCUGAGUUUCUGCUGUCAGUUCUUUUGGGUAUUUUCUGAGAAAUGGAAUUAAUUACUGGACCAUAUGGUAAUUCUACAUUUAACUUUUGGAGAACUUGCCAGACUUCCAUAGUGGCUGCAUCAUUUUAUAUUCCCACCAGCAAUGAAUAAGAGUUCCAGUUUAUGCACAUCUUUUUUUUUUUUUUAAAUAGCCAUCCUAAUGGGUAUGAAGUGGUGUCUCAUUGUGCCUCCAGUGUUUAUUAAAACAUAGACGUUUUCCUGUACCUGAAAUUUUUUUUUGCUUCAUGUUAUAACAUAAGACUAUGUCAGUUAUAAACAUUCAUUAAAAAUACUCGGUCACAAAAAAGAAAAACUUGUAACUGUUGAAAUGCUAGAUGCUAACUUAUUAUGGUCAUCAUUUUGCAAUAUAUACAUAUAUAAAUCAUUAUGUUGUAGACUUGAAGUUAAUACAAUGUCAUAUGUCAAUAUAUCAAUAAAAUUGGGGGGAAAACAGGCAACAUACCUUACAAGUAGAUAAAAACAGAAGUCCCAGAUUAUUUGAUUUUUUUUCAUUUAGAUACUUUUUUAUGCAAAAAAAAACAGUAAUUAUAAAAUAUUCACUGAGCGGAUGUAGCCGGUUCUGUAACCUUUACUGUUUAAAUGAUUUCCAUUUUUUCGUUGCUAUAAAGAAUGUGAAAAAUAUCAAAUAUAUGGGGAGAGACCCUU